AUGACUCUCGACAAGCCAUACAAUGGACGAAAAGGAAAGCUCGUGCUGGGAAUAGACGUUGGAACGACCUACAGCGGCGUCUCGUAUUGCAUUCUCGACCCGGAACAGAUCCCUCAAAUUCGCAGCGUUAUGCACUAUCCUGGACAAGAAGGAGAGAACAAAUAUAGAGAUACAAAGAUCCCCACGAUCGUGUAUUACGACGAAGAAGGAACAGUUCGUGCGGUAGGGGCGGAGGCCAGAUUAGACGCCAAUCGACUCCAGGCCAAGGAUGAAGGCUGGGUGUUGGCCGAAUGGUUCAAAUUACAUCUUCGUCCUCGCGACUUGGCGUCGGACGAUGAACAUCUGCCAACGCUUCCGCCGAAUAAGACCGUUAUACAGAUCCUGGCGGAUUUCAUGCGAUACAUAUACAAAUGCGCCAAAAAGUACAUAUCCGAGAACCACCCAAUGGGACCUCAACUGCUGAAGUCGGAGUCAGAUGUCGAGUUCGUUCUGACGCAUCCUAAUGGAUGGGGUGGCAGACAACAAGCAAAGAUGCGGCGAGCGGCUGUACUUGCAGGCCUCAUUCCAGACUCGGGCGCUGCGAAAUCGCGGAUCCAUUUCGUGACAGAGGGAGAAGCUAGCCUGCACUAUUGCAUAACUAAUGGUCUUCCCGGAAAUGUCGUCCAGACCGGCAACCAAUUGAUGAUCGUCGACGCUGGAGGAGGGACCGUUGAUAUGAGUACAUACAGGAUCAAUACAUACAGGAUCACGAGCAAGGUACCAGCUAAGGCCGUUGAGAGCAUUGCUCCGGAUUGCGUCAUGCAGGGCUCGACGUUUGUCAACGCCAGAGCUGAACAAUUCCUCAGAGACAAGCUUGGGAACUCCCCUUUUGGCAACGGCGAAGACAUCCACACGAUGCUCGAGUAUUUCGAGAACUCGACCAAGCCCACGUUCAGGGACUCGACGAAGGCUUCCUAUAUUAGGUUUGGUCAUCCUCGAGAUACCGAUGAGCAAUGUGGUAUCAAGAGAGGAGUGUUACCGUUGUCUGGGUCGGACAUGGCUGCUUUCUUCCGGCCUUCCAUUAGCGCUAUCAAGGAUGCAAUAAGGAAGCAAUCGUCAGGAGCCAGCGGACGAAUCAACAUGGUGCUAUUAGUGGGAGGGUUCGCGGCCAGCCCAUACUUGCGUGCCGAACUUCAAAGCUAUGCACACCGCUCCGGCCUAUCGCUGUUCUCUCCAGAGUGUCAGACCGCCAAAGCCGUCGCGGAGGGUGCUCUCUCUCAUUAUCUCGAUAGCGUUUUGCCCGCACGUGUGGCUAAGUUCACCUAUGGCGUGUCGCGGCAUCAUGUGUACGACAGAUCUUUGAGCUAUCCUGAGGAGCGGCUGGAUAAGGCUUUCAUAAACCUUUCUGGGGAUGCAGUCGUUCCCGGUGGGACAAGCGACGUGGACCAGGGAGCGCUCGUUUCGCAAGAAGUCGAAUUUAAGGAAACCUUCGUCACGACCUGGUCCUCUUCAAACACCGAGUUCUCAUGUGAUGUCAUUCGUUACAAGGGGGCUGCCAAUAAUCCGCAUUGGAUGGAUGAAGAACCGGAUAUGUUUGACAAAGUAUGCACCAUUCGCGCAGAUAUUUCUCAUUUACCGAAAGAGAAGAAGCGAGGUCCACGAGGCGAAUAUUAUGAGCAGAAGCCGGAGAUAAUCUUCCUUGUCGGCUUAAAAGAGUUGAAGGCACAACUAUCAUGGAUGGAGGGCGUUCAGGAGAAAAGAAGUCCGGCUACCCUCAUUUACGAGGACGACACCGAUAAACUUGCAUGGGUCCCCGCGACGUCUUGA